AUGGAAGUUGGCAAUGAGACUUCAGUCACCGUGUUUGUUCUCCUAGGACUGUCCAACAACCCUCAGGUCCAAGUACUGCUCUUUGUGGUGUUCUUAGUAAUUUACCUUUUGACCCUCGUGGGGAACCUGCUGAUAAUGCUGAUGAGCUAUACUGAUUCCCGUCUCCACACUCCCAUGUACUUCUUCCUGAGACACCUCUCCUUCCUGGAUGCUUUCUAUUCCUCAGUCAUUGUGCCUAAACUGCUAGAAAACCUUCUUUCCAAGGGAAAGACAGUAUCCUUCCAUGGCUGCUUCACCCAGAUUUCCUUGGUCAUAUUUUCAGGGGCCACUGAAUCCUGCCUCCUUUCUGUCAUGGCCUAUGACCGGUUCCAGGCUGUGUGCCACCCACUGUUGUACAUGGUGGCUAUGAACCGGAGGCUAUGCACCGGCCUGGUGGGUGCGUGCUGGGCCAUAGGGAUAAGUACCAGCCUGAUGAACACUCUCUUAUUAGCUCAGCAGCACUUCUGUGGCCCCAACCUCAUCCGCAAUAUUGCCUGUGAGCUACCCCCAGUGCUUUCGUUGGCCUGUUCUUACCCCUACAGCAGUGUUGCCUCCAUCCUGACCACCAUGGUGGUCCUGGGCCUUGGUGCCCUUGUCCUACUACUGGGUUCCUACAGCCGGAUCAUCAUGACAGCUCUGGGCGUCAGCUCCACCACGGGUCAAAGCAAGAUCUUCUCCACUUGCUCUUCUCAUGUCCUUGUGGUCACCAUCUUCUACGGUUCAGGAAUUUUCAGGUACAUGACUCCAGCCUCUGGAUCAGCACUGGAGCAAGUGGUAUCCAUGCAGUACAGUGUGGUGACACCCCUGCUCAACCCCUUCAUCUACAGCCUGAAGAACAAGGAGGUGAAGGCAGCUCUGCGGAGGGUGCUGGUCAGAAAGUCCAGGCGGACCUUCUGA